CUUCUGAGAGAGUUUUGAGUUCUGUUGUAUCACGGAGGAUUUUAAAUCUUUAAGGAAAGUGAGAUCAUGCCUCAAAACCUUUUCUUUUUAUUCUUCUUCUAUUCCUUAUUUUCUAACAUGAGAUGUUGCAUAUGCACACAUUCAAGCACUUGAGAUUCCUUCAGCUGGUGGCAGAUAUUGCAUGGUCAACACAGCUGUACACUUUCUUGAGGCUUUCAAGAUAUUACAUGAAUUAUGCCCUUCUUUGCACUGAAAUGAAAAAUUUGAAGGCAAGCCUAUUGAAAAAACGUACCAGGUAUCCAAGGAGAAAGCAAAGAACUUGAUUGGAAAUUUCAUUCCUUUGGGGAUAAGUCUGAAGGACACUAUUGAAAGCUUGAAGGAGAAGGGUUUUCUAAGCAUAUGAUCAAUUUCAAUAUGUUGUCUCUUUAUGAUCUUUAAAUCUGUGUAAUGGUUAAACUAAGAUUAGGUUGAGUCACAUCUAUCUUGUAAUCCAAGUCAUUCCCUUUGUGAAUUGUAUGAGGCAUAAGAAUAAAACAAAUCUGACGCU